UCAAAUGUAAACAAAACUUGUAUUAACAAUUCUUCCUGUAAAUUUAACGAAAAUGAAACGUUUUUAUAGUAAUUUAAAUCUAAUUUGUGUAAGAAAUUUACCAGCAAUUAGGCAUCAACAACAGCGGCAGCAACAUGACAAACAAACGCCACAAAAUAAUCAAUUAUUUGGUGUUAAAUACUGUAUGAAUUUAGUGGAGAAAAACGAUUAUGAAAACUAUUUGUGCACUUUGCUAUUGGCUAAAGAACAGAGAAGGCAUGCCUUUGCUUUGAGGGCUUUCAAUGUGGAAGUGGCCAAAUGUUCAACAAAUGUCUCAGAGGAAGCUAUAGCAAAAAUGCGUUUAAAAUUUUGGUUUGAUUCAAUAGAUAAAUGUUAUGACAACCAGAAAUCCUAUGUGGCCGAUCAGCCAGUGCUAAGGGAGUUGAAAAAUACCAUUGACUCCCACAAACUAAAUAAAUUAUAUUUAAAACGUUUAGUUAAUGCCCGCGAUCGUUCUCCCAAUGAGCCUUUCAUUACUCUUAAAGAUUUGGAAACCUAUGCCGAACAGACUUAUUCCUCGUUGUUAUAUUUGUUGAUAGAAUUAACGGGUGUUAAAGAUUUGAAUGUAGAUCAUGUUGCCUCACAUUUGGGUAAAGCUCAGGGUAUUGUUACGCUUUUAAGAGCCAUACCCUAUACAAAACGUAGUCAAGCUUUAAGUAUACCACAAGAAAUACUAAUUAAACAUGGCGUUAGCCAGGAGAGGGUGUUGAGAGCUAAUCCACAAGAUAAAGGAGUAGAGGAGUGUAUAUUUGAGGUGGCCACGGCGGCACAUCAGCAUUUGGAGCAUGCCCGUACUCUGUCCGAUAAACUGCCUAAAGUUGUACGUAAAAUAUUUUUACCCGCUGUGGCGGUGGAACGUUACCUCGAACGCUUAAGAGUUGCAAAUUUUAAUCUAGUCCAUCAAUCCUGUUUACAAAGAGACUCCAUGUUACCUGUGGCUCUGUACAUGCGUAAUUUAAGAGGUAAAUUUUAAAUAUUAUCCAACAUUUCUGGAGGUAUAAAACGAUAAUUUUUGGAGAGCUCACGACAAGCUUCGGCCGUCAGGAAACUUAGAAUAUUAAAAGCUCCGCUAUAAUAAUAUAAGACAAAAAUACAAGAGAUUUAAUAAAAAAAAUUGUUAAGUUUAACUUUAUGCCUAAAAAUCA